GGAUCGCAAAUCUUCUGUGGGGUGCAGUGCUUCAUGAAGUUUGUGUCGAAGCCUAGUGCUGCCGCUGCCCGGGCGACAAGCACUCCGACUCCGGAACCCGAUCCGGAAAAAGCGCCGACACUGCAAGCCGAAAUCCUUCCCACACCAGCCCCACCGGCAUGCGACAAGGCAACUGAGCCUGUGGAUCCAGAGCCUAAGGCCGGGAACUCCUCCCCGCCAACACCAGUGGCUACUGCUACGGUAACAGCAGGACUUGCCAGUGCAAGAGCGGAGGCUUCGGGCGGAGGAGUAUUUGCUGCUGCCUCUUGCACUGAGGCAAAUGCAAAGGCUUGGGUUAACAGCGAGCCAAACAGCAAGACCGAGAAGAAACAGGGUGACGAUCUCGAGCAGCAGUUGGAAAAGCUGAUUGACGACCACGAGCAGCUUGAACAGGCCACUAACAGGGCACAUGACGCAGAAAUGAAAGCAAAGGCCAUGCAACACCUGCUGCAAGCACUGCUUGCCUCGCCACCUGACCAACACGAAGCACGUGCACAGAUGAUAGAAAGCAUGCUUCGACGACCCGCAACUUGCGACAUCGAGGCACUGACGGAGCAGCUGACAGCAGGCACUGCAGCAAAAGCGGGUGCACCCACGCCAAGCCCGGCAGCACACCCAGCAGCAGCAAGUGUGCCAGCAGCGGAUCAGAAUGAUGUGGAGAUGCCACAGAAGCCCACAGAUCCAGAGCCGACAGCAACAGCCACAGCAAGUGUUCCAGUAGCAGAUGUGCCACAGACAACCGAAACCGCGAAGCCCACAGAGACCCCAGAGCCGACAGCAGCAGCCAAAGCAAGUGUGCCAGCAGCAGAUGUGCCACAGACAACCGAAGCCGCGAAGCCCACAGAGACCCCAGAGCCGACAGCAGCAGCCAAAGCAAGUGUCCCAGCAGCAGAUGUGCCACAGACAACCGAAGCCGCGAAGCCCACAGAGACUCCAGAGCCGACAGCAAGUGUGCCAGCAGCACAUGUGCCACAGACAACCGAAGCCGCGAAGCCCACAGAGACCCCGAAGCCGACAGCAACCCCAGCAGCAAGUGCCAUCCAUGUGAAGCAGGAGUCAGGCACCGAGCCAGACCAGGUCCCAACAGAGUCAGCACGGAAACCGCAGAACAAGCCAGAUCGUGCGAACGAAUCCGAGGAGGACCGCAAAGCACGUGAGGCCCAUAACUCCUACAUGCGAUACUUUCGCUCGCCGAAUUGCCCACCGGAGGUGAGAGCCAAGGCGCUCACGCAGGCCGGCAAGAGCCGCUCAACCUCGAUUAUGCGCCACAUGUACGAGAUGUGGAUCAGCAGCGGAUGUGAUUGGAUGCAAAGUUCAAUCGUUAUGAACGCUAAGAAGCGCCACCAGGCUAAAAGGCAUGGAACAGCUAUCGCGGAGGACAUCCGUACCAAUAAGAAAGCCAUGGACCCCAACGCCUCGGGGAAAUGGUGGAAAGUGCAUCCCGACCAGCCCAAGAACGAGGACUGGGAGCUCUUCAAGUGCUUUGACUCGAGGGAAGAGGUUUCGCAGUCCGAAGACGAGUUGGAGUUCGGUGCCCACAUUGAUGCUUCCCUCGACCAUGCGGGGACCACCGGGGUGCUGUCGCAUCUUCUCGAUGUCCCCAACAGUGCCGGUGCUAGAGGCAGCAAUGAUCCGCCCCCGCCGGGUGGGGAGAACCUUCCUCCCCCGAGAGAGGUAAAGCCCAAGAAAGAGAAGAAGGUGAAGAACCCUGAGGAGGAGGCUUUAGAUUUGCUGCGGAAGGGCACCCCGCGGAUCAUCGAGGCGGACGGCAUGGACAGCAUGCUCCGCAGAAAUGGCAUGGGUGACGCAUUUGCAAAAGCGAUGGUGGCCGACAUGGCUAAUGACAUCGAGCAGAUGAAGGACCGCCAUACGGCUUUGCAGUCUGCUGUCACGACAAAGCGAGAUGAGGCCGAGAUCGAGACCUUGAACACGUUGCUGAAAGCAUCGUUUGCCGUGUAUGAUGAAAAGAUGAAGGCUGUCAAGCGCACGCUUCGUCCGGCCCCAAAGGCCAAAGGCAAAGCAAAGGCCAAAGCCGCUGCCUAA